CCUACAUAGGCGACAGUAAGACCCAGUGGAAGCCGCGAGCACCGAUCAGAGAGCGACAUGACAACCGCGAAACACUAACGGUACACAUUCAAGUCCACUCAGUGCACCUCAGGAACACAUUACAGAUCCCGUGAAGCGCCAGAGAUGCUGAAAGUGACUGUGGCCGCCUCUCGCGCCGCUCCUGAAUACUGGAUCGACGGAUCCAAAAAAGAGACGCUGGCCGACUUCUAUGAGCUCGAGUCUGAACUGGGACGGGGAGCCACAUCAGUGGUGUUCAGAUGCCGACAGAAAGACACCCAGAAGCACUAUGCUGUGAAGCUGCUGAAGAAAACAGUUGACAAGAAGAUUGUACGAACGGAGAUAGGUGUAUUACUGCGCCUCUCUCAUCCAAAUAUAAUAAAACUGAAGGAGAUCUUCGAGACCCCUGUGGAGAUUAGCCUUGUGUUAGAACUUGUUACCGGCGGAGAAUUAUUUGACAGGGUGGUGGAGAAGGGCUACUACAGUGAACGAGAUGCGGCUGAUGCUGUUAAACAAGUCCUUGAGGCAGUUGCGUACCUGCAUGAGAACGGCAUAGUGCACAGAGACCUGAAACCCGAGAACCUCCUGUACGCCACCACAGCGCCAGAUGCUCCACUCAAAAUAGCUGAUUUUGGUUUGUCAAAAAUUGUGGAUGAUCAGGUUACUAUGAAGACCGUGUGCGGGACUCCAGGCUAUUGUGCUCCUGAGAUUUUGCGGGGAUGUGCCUAUGGCCCUGAGGUUGACAUGUGGUCUGUGGGAGUUAUCACGUACAUUUUGUUGUGUGGUUUUGAGCCCUUUUUUGAUGACAGAGGAGACCAGUACAUGUUUAAACGCAUCUUGAACUGUGAAUAUGAAUUUGUCUCCCCCUGGUGGGAUAAUGUUUCUCUCAACGCCAAGGACCUGGUGAAGAAACUGAUUGUCCAGGAUCCAAAGAAACGGCUGACGACACAGCAGGCACUGCAGCACCCCUGGGUCACUGGAAAGGCUGUUAACUUCACCCAUAUGGACACAGCUCAGAAGAAACUCCAGGAGUUCAAUGCUCGAAGAAAGCUCAAGGCAGCGGUCAAAGCGGUGGUGGCCUCAACUCGACUGGGCAGCGCAGGAAGCCACAGCAGCACAGACAACAGCAAGACCGACUGCAGCCACUCCAUCCAGCAGAAGACAGCAGAAGGUCAGCCAGACACUGAACAGCCUCAAAUUCAGAAUGAAGGCUCUUAGACUUCCACACCGGAACUGGAAUUAGAAACAGAACUACUUCCCUUCAUGAAAGGAACUCAUUGCUUUUCGCAGUGGGCCUCAUAAAGGACCGAACUGGUGGACUUUGUCUGGUACUUCUGCAUGCAGACUGUUUGUCUAUAGAAAAGUUCCACAUUGUGACUCAGCCAGAUGCCGUACCAUGCCAACAUUUGAUAAGUACUUAACUUUGGAUUUUAUUGUGGGUGGCAAUGACAAGAACGGAAUGUCAUUAGAUUAUGCGAUCAUUACAUCUAAGAUGGGGUUCAAAGGUCAGAGACCACACUGGAAAUCUGGGAUUUUUUUCAUGUCUAAACCGGGUAAUAAACAAAGUUGUGGGAUUUUGAAAAUGUAAAAAAGUUAUGACAUAAAAUGCUAAAAAAUAUAUUCGGUUUCAAUAUUUCUAGGUUACUAAUCAAAUGUAAGCAUCUCAGUGAUAUUGAGCAUGUUAACUGCUCUGUACAACAGGUCAGAAUUCCUUGCUUCCAUUAAAACACACAGGAUGCUCUUUGGAAUAUUCUCAAAUCAUGCUGGAAUACAUGGAUUGUCAGGUUUUGAGGGGCAUUUCAAAUACUAAGAAAUUCUGAAAAGUCAUUUAUAAUAAUUAUUUUAUAUGAAAGACUUUAUAUUCAAUUAGAAAAUGCAAAGUGCAAACAUUUUCACUAGACUGGUCUCAGAUUCUUGGACCCCAAUGUUUGUUCGUACAGAUUUAUUUCAUCAUGCUCUUGAUAAUAUCAACAUCUUAUCAUAAAGGUGAUGAAGUACUCAAUGGACUUCAGUUCUUUAAUUGUAUAAACUACGUUUGUGAUGCUUUUUGUUGAAAAUAUUUGAUUUGUUCAGGUUUUAUGCAAUAUUUAAAGAUAAACAAACAGAUGUAAGAAUUUCCAUGUGGACAUUUAAUUGAACAUAAGCUUCAGCUGAGAAUAUAGAGGGCCAAAUUAAUAAAAAAUAAAUAUGUAUAUAAAUGACUA